UAGUAAAAUCAAAAAAAUUUCAAUUUACAAUUGACAAAUUGUAAUUUUCCAAGGAACUCCAAAUGCUAACCCGCUUCAGACACAACAAAUUCCUGCGUAGUUUCGCCAACGAUGUUCGAUUUGGGCCAGAAGCUAGGGAAUUGCUAAUGCGUGGAGUCAAUAUUCUGGCCGAUGCUGUGGCUACUACCCUGGGACCCAAGGGCAGAAAUGUGUUGAUCGAGCAGUUGCUGAGAUCGCCAAAAAUCACCAAUGAUGGCAUCACGGUGGCAAAUAAUGUGCAUCUUGAGGAUCGUAGAAUCAAUAUGGGGGCUCAACUAAUUCGACUGGCAACGAACAAUACAAAUAAUAAUGUGGGCGAUGGCACCACAACGACCACAAUCUUGGCCAGAAGUAUGGCCAGCCAGGGAAUGGAACUUCUACAAAAUGGUUCGCUUAAUGUGCAAGAGCUCAGAGAGGGCAUAAUCCAAGGAUCGAAGGCGGUGUGCAAGGAAUUGCGAAGCAUGUCUCAGGCUAUUGAACGGAUCGAUCAAGUGAGGUCUGUGGCCAACAACGCCUUAAACAAUGAUCAGAAUCUCGCCCAGCUAAUUGGCAAAGGAGUUCUGGAAUUGGGUGAGGGUGGCGUAUUUCUCCUGAAAGAAUCCAUGUCGGCUAAAGACGAGUUGGUUAUACAGGAGGGCAUUAGCCUAGCCGAGGGUUUUGCAAGUCCAUUGUUUGCCCAUAAGUCAGAGAAUGGUCGCUUGGAAUUUAGUCAAAUGUUAGUAGUACUUACUUUGGCCGAAAUUGAAAAGUUAUCGGACAUUUUACCACUCUUGGAAUUGGCCAGAAAUGCAAAUCAACCUCUUCUUUUGAUAGCCAAAGAAUUUUCCGAUGAAGUCCUUACCGCAUUGAUCUUAAAUCAUCUAGAAAAUCGCCUACAAGUCUGUGCUGUCAGGGCUCCCUAUUUUGGUGCAGAGCAAAAAGAACAAAUGGAAGAUAUAUCCCUGGCCCUGGGCUUACAGCUUUUUGAGAAUCUCUCUUGGCUGCGAAACAUAAAGGCAGAGGAUUUGGGUACAGUGCGGGAGGUAAUUAUAGAUUCCAAGGCCACACAUCUAAUACAGCAGCACACUGAGAAGGCAGAGCAAGUGGAAAAUAGAAUACAGCAUAUCAAAUCCCUAAUCAAAGAAGCAGCCACCGAUGAGGAAAUAGAAAGGCUUAAUGAACGACUCGGUCGGCUAAUGGGUCAUGUGGCCAUUGUCCAUGUAGGCGGUGACAGUGAACUGGAAAUCGAUGAGAAAAAGGAUCGUCUCAACGAUGCACUUCACUCGGUAAAAGUAGCCAUCAGCGAUGGCAUACUUCCAGGCGGAGGCACUGCUUAUCUCAGAUGCAUAAACGCUUUAAAAUAUCUGCAUCUCAAGGAUAUUCCAGAACAUCGAAUGGGUGUGGAUAUUGUAAGAAAUGCUCUAAAGUUACCCUGUUACAUCAUAGCUCAAAACUCGGGAGCCAAUCCCGAUGAAGUCAUCCACAAGAUAUUAAACGAACAAGGUAAUUUUGGCUACGAUGCAGCUAAUGGAGAAUUUUGUGAUAUGAUCGAUCGCGGCAUUGUGGAUCCCACCCGUGUCAUGUGCUCGGCCAUAACUGAUGCAGCUGGCAUUGCCUCUCUUUUGACCACCACCGAUGUUCUAAUCACAGAAUUGAAAAAGAAACCCAAUAUACCUAAGAAUCAAGUUACCAAGGAUUUGGCCAGUCUUAUUGGCAUGUAGAUGGAUUAGAAAUGGUAUAAUUUUUUACAAAUUGUAACAUUUUUUUCUUAUACUCACGGGAAGAAAAAUAAAAUGAAUCUAACUCGAACUUACAACUUUAA